AUGGAGAUGGAGCCGAUGCAACUGAAGCAAGGUUCCAUGUCUGUGGCAGAGUACACCAAUAAGUUCGAGGAGCUUUGUAGAUUUUCUCGGGUGUGUCAGGGUUCCUCGGAGACUUACGAGAGCUGGAGGUGCAUUAAGUACCAGAAGGAUUUGAAGGAUAACAUUAUGACUGCUGUGGCCCCUAUGGAGAUCUGUGUCUUCUCCGACUUGGUGAACAAAGCAAGGGUAGUGGAAGAAUAUGCCAAGACAGUGGCUGCGUCCAAGGAUACUCAUGGAGGGAGCAGUAGCAAAGGACGUGGCAAGUAUUACCAUCCGAGGGGUCAAAGCUUUAAGAGAGGAGGAUAUGAGCAUCAAGGUCAAGGAGGUUUUAGGAAGAGCACUCAUGAUCAGUUUCAGCGUGGCAAGGGAAGAGGAAGUCAGAGUGGGUGCUUCAACUGUGGAUUGCCUGGUCACAUCGCGAGGGAUUGCACUCGUGGAAAGAACCCGAAUGCAGUUGAGGAAUUAGGCUUGAAAAUGUCAGAGUUAUCUUUUGAUCUGCAUGUACAUACUCCGCAUCAGACAGUUAUGACUAGGUCAGGUUGUAGACAAGUAGGUUUCAAGCUUGAGGGUAGAGACUUUGUGCAUGAUUUGAUCUGUUUACCUAUGGUUGAGUUGGAAAUGAUUUUGGAGUUUGAUUGCCUGUCGAAGAAUCGGGUUUUGUUGGAUUGCUUUGAACGGACAAUUGAAGAGUGUCAGGGUUACAUCUUGUUAACUGCUAAUGCUUCGGGUGAUACCCAAGACUUAAAUCAGAUUCCGGUAGUUAGGGAUUUUCCGGAGGUAUUUCCGGAAGAUAUCCUUGAAUUCCCACCUCAAUGGGAGAUUGAGUUUGCGAUUGAAUUGGUGCCGGGAACCAGACCAGUGUCAAUUGCACCGUAUGGGAUGGCUGAGCUUGAAUUCGAUAAACGUACCAUCUUUACCAUUUUGUACCAAGAUGCUUAA